AUGGAGGGGAAUAGUUUGAGGCCAUGCUGGCUCAACGCCCAGUCGCUGCGCUUCUCCAAGGAUUGGGACGACCUCGGCCGCGGUGAGGACGCGGUGGAGGAACUUUGGGACUGGAUCAAACAUCUGUUUUGGUUGCAGGGGCGGUAUCCCACCCACAUUUCUGAGUUCUGCCUUAACGGCUCGGGCAUGACAAACAAGAACUCCAUUUAUUUCAAGGGCUGCAUUCUGCAAGUGUUUUUCUUUGUUUCGGAUGUUGUCUCUGAGUUGUACCUGCUCACAGUGAUGUCCAACGACUGCUACGCUGCCAUGUGCCACCCCUUGCGCUAUGAGGUUUUCAUGAACAGAGGGACUUGUGAGAAGAUGGCAGCCACCUCCUGGCUCAGUGGUGGCCUCUUCGGUCUCAUGGACACAGCUGCCACCUUCUCUGAACCUUUCAGUGGACCUCAAAUGAUCCAGCAGUUCUUCGCUGAUGUCCCCCAGCUUCUGAAGCUCUCUAGUCCCCCAGAAAACACACGUGAAUAUUCACUCAUUGUCCUGUCUGCCAGUUCAUUCACCGUCUGUUUCGUGUACAUAACCGCCUCGUAUGUCCGCCUCUUCUCAGCCGUGCUGAGGAUGCCAUCAGCAGAGGGCCGGUCCAAAACCUUCUCAACCAGCCUUCCCCAUCUCAUCGUUGUGACUUUCUUCGUAUCCACGGGUGUUUCUGAAUAUCUAAUUCCAUCCUCAAAUUGUCCAUCGGGACUAGACUUGCUUCUGUUCAUUUUCUAUUCCAUAGUGCUCCUGGGUCUGAACCCUGACAUCUACAGCUUGAGGAAACAGGCUAUGGAAGCUGCUCUAGAGUGGAUGUUAUGCCCGGAAUAA